UCCUCUUCUCUCCCCUUCAUCAUCCACGUGAUGCACGGAGCAGCAGACUGCACCUUCGCCUCCUCCGUAGAGAGAGAGAGAGAGAUGCGUUUGGUUCCACUGGUCUGUUUGAUCGAGAAGAGACUGUGAUUGUUUCGGUAGGCCUAUCUAACAGGUAUUUACCGGGAACGGUUUGGCUGCACUCAGCAUCUCCCCUCACAACGCGGUGAUUGUUAUCAGAUGACAAGGAGAAAAUCGAUGAGUAGCCACAACACCGACCAGAAGAUGUGUGUAAGGUCACUGGAAAGAAAAGAGUGAUGAAGCGACAGUGAGGGACACACUCACAGUGCUCAACCCACAAGCCACGCUGAUAGAGACAAAAAAGAGGGGGAGAUGCUCUGAUAGUCUCUCUCUGUUUACGGUGUGUGACAGUGUAUGACCAUAUUCUCCCUCUCUCUCUCUGAGGGGAACAGGCACCAACGAAGACACCGAUAUGGUUCUCACACUGCACCCCUCAUUUCUCUAACACACACACACACACACACACACACACACACCAUUGAAGGAAGACAGUGGAGGAGGAACGAGGAGCGACAGAGACGAGAAGAUAGAAGACUAACAUUGGGAACACUUGGACCUCUAUAAGGAGCCAGCUCCCUCACUUGACUGGCAGACAGAGGAACACCUAUGGAGGGUGUAGGGUGCUACUAACGGGGCUAAGAAGACUGUAGGGUACUAGAAAGGGCCCUAAGAAGACUUAAGGGUGCUCUCAAGGAUGUUUGCACCAUGAGUUGUAGAGUAGUUUGUGCUGCCCAGCUCUAGCCUUUGUGUCUGCGUGUGUGUGCGUUGUGUGUAUGUGUUUGCGCGUGUGUGUGAUGGCGGUGUGUGUGUGGGCCGCGGCCCCCCUGCUGUGUGUCUGGCUGUGCCUCUGUAGCCUUGGGGGAUCCAGAGGGGAGGUGCUAGAGUUUGGGGGGGUGUCGGGACAGUGGGGGCGGUUCCCGGUGUGGAACGCGUGCUGCGAGAGCAUCCUGUCGUUCAGCGUUAGAACUCACAGUGAGGACGGACUGCUGCUUUACCUUGACGACGAAGGAUUCUGCGACUUCCUGGAACUAUUGUUGCUGCGCGGGAAACUCCGCCUACGCUUCUCCAUCUUCUGCGCCGAGCCGGCUGAGGUGAGUUCCGGGGUCGCCGUGAGUGACGGACACUGGCAUGUGGUUCGUGUGAAACGGGACUGGAGGAACACAAGCCUUGAGGUGGAUGGAAGGAUGGAGGGAUGGGCAGAGGUGAAGAGCAAACGGAGAGACAUGACAGUGUUUAGCCACACCUUUAUGGGCGGGGUUUCCCCAGAGCUCCACGCCUCCCCUCUCCGCCUCACUUCCCCUGGCGUCAGAGACCACGCCCCCUUUGCUGGCUGGCUCACUUCGGUGACCAUCAAUGGAUCGGCGGUUGUAAUGGAAGGAUCGGAGGGCGUUACCAUGGGGGGAGACGGGUGUGGGCCGGACCACAUGUGUCAGAAUGGAGGGGUGUGUUCUGUCGUCGAGCAGAAGAACGUUUGCGACUGUACCGACACCGGCUACAAAGGCAACGACUGCAGCGAAGAACACUACAACCCAGGUCUGGCUCACCUGAUGAUCGGCGACCAAGGAAAGCUCAGAGCCCGUGAGGACUACUUAGCAACAUUUAAGGGAUCAGAGUAUUUCUGCUAUGACCUGUCUCCCAGCCCCAUCCAGUCCUCCAGCGAUGAGAUCACCCUGAGCUUUAAGACCCUGCAGAGGAACGGCCUGAUGCUCCACACAGGAAAGUCGGCUGACUACGUCAACCUGGCCUUAAAGAACGGAGCCGUGUCACUGGUCAUCAACCUGGGGUCCGGGGCUUUCGAGGCCCUGGUGGAGCCGGUUAACGGGAAGUUUAACGAUAACGCAUGGCACGAUGUCAAGGUCACGCGCAACCUGAGACAGCACUCAGGCAUUGGACACGCUAUGGUGACCAUAUCUGUGGACGGCAUUCUGACCACUACGGGCUACACCCAGGAAGACUACACCAUGUUGGGCUCAGACGAUUUCUUCUAUGUGGGAGGAAGUCCCAGUACUGCCGACCUCCCUGGAUCUCCUGUUAGCAACAACUUCAUGGGCUGCCUCAAAGAGGUGGUGUAUAAGAACAAUGAUGUACGGUUGGAGCUGUCUCGGCUGGCUAAGCAGGGAGAUGCUAAGAUGAAGGUGAGCGGUAUGGUGGCGUUUAAGUGUGAGAGUGUGGCGACCCUCGAUCCUGUGACCUUUGACACCCCAGAGUCGUUUGUGGCAUUAAGCAAGUGGAGCGCCAAGAAGGCAGGGUCAAUCUCCUUUGACUUCCGAACGACAGAACCCAACGGACUGAUGCUCUUCAGCCACGGGAAACCACGACAGCAGCAGCGCAAAGACCCCCGCACACCCCCCACCCUAAAGCCGUUACUGUUGCAGGUGGAUUUCUUUGCCAUCGAGAUGCUGGAUGGUCACCUGUAUUUGCUGCUGGACAUGGGCUCAGGAACCACCAAGACCAAGGCCAUCGACAGGAAGGUCAAUGAUGGGGAGUGGUACCAUGUCGACUUCCAGAGGGACGGGCGCUCAGGUACUAUCUCAGUGAACUCACAGCGUACAGCGUACACAGCUCCAGGGGACAGUGAGAUUCUAGACCUGGAUGAUACUCUGUACCUAGGAGGAUUACCAGAGGAUCGCCAAGGACUCAUCUUCCCUACUGAGGUGUGGACAGCGUUAUUGAACUACGGCUAUGUCGGCUGCGUGAGAGACCUGUUUGUGGACGGUCAGAGUAAGGACAUCCGUCGUCUGGCUGAGGUUCAGAGGGCUGUAGGGGUUAAGCCCUCUUGCUCCAGAGAGCCUCCUAAACAGUGUCUGUCCAACCCCUGCCAACACAGCGCCACCUGCAGGGAGGGCUGGAACAGAUACGUGUGUGACUGCUCUGGGACCGGAUACCUGGGACGGGCCUGUGAGAGAGAUGCGACCAUCCUGUCCUAUGAUGGUAGUAAGUUUAUGAAGGUCCAGUUGCCCGUAGCGAUGCACACCGAGGCGGAGGACGUGUCGCUACGGUUUCGCUCCCAGCGGGCCUACGGUGUUCUCAUGGCAACAACAUCACGGAACUCAGCCGACACGCUCCGACUGGAGCUGGAUGGGGGCCGUGUCCGUCUCACUGUCAACCUAGACUGUAUCAGGAUUAACUGUACCGCCAGUAAGGGUCCAGAGACCAUCUUUGCGGGGGUGGGGCUGAAUGAUAAUGAGUGGCACACGGUCAGAGUGGUGCGUCGUGGGAAAAGCCUCAAACUCACCGUCGACGACCUGCAACCUGUAGAAGGUCAGAUGGCAGGCGACCACACCCAGCUGGAGUUCCACAACGUGGAGACAGGCAUUGUGACGGAGAAGCGCUUCAUGCCCGCUGUGCCCUCCAACUUCAUAGGGCACCUGCAGGGCCUCACCCUCAACGGGAUGCCUUACAUAGACCUCUGUAAGAAUGGUGACAUCGACUAUUGCGAACUGAACGCUGUGAUUGGUUAUAAGAGCAUCGUGGCGGACCCGGUUACGUUCAGGUCACGGUCGAGCUACGUGACCCUGCCCACGCUCCAGGCCUACUACUCCAUGCACCUGUUCCUCCAGUUCAAAACCACCUCCCCUGACGGACUCGUACUCUACAACAGAGGAGACGGAAACGACUUCAUAGUGGUGGAGCUGGUCAAAGGCUACCUCCACUAUGUGUCCGACCUGGGGAAUGGGGCACACCUGAUCAAAGGGAACUCCAACUCUCCUCUGAAUGACAACCACUGGCACAAUGUGCUCAUAUCCAGAGACACCAACAACCUGCACACUGUUAAGAUAGAUACCAAGGUCACUACACAGACCACUAUGGGGGCCAAGAACCUGGAUCUCAAAGGUGACCUGUACGUAGGGGGGGUGGCUAAGGAGAUGUAUAGGGACCUUCCCAAGCUCGUCCACUCCCGGGAAGGCUUCCAGGGUUGCUUAGCAACCGUUGACCUAAACGGCCGACUACCCGACCUGCUGGCCGAUGCUCUAGCUACCACCGGACAAGUGGAAAGGGGCUGUGAAGUUGCAUUGAUGAAAGCUGACUUGCAAGGUCCCAGUACUACCUGUCAGGAAGACUCUUGCUCCAAUCAGGGCGUGUGUUUGCAGCAGUGGGAGGGAUUUAGCUGUGAUUGCAGUAUGACAUCAUUCGGAGGACCGCUCUGCAAUGACGCGGGGACCACGUAUAUCUUUGGUCGUGAUGGGGGUGUGAUUGUGUACACCUGGCCUCCUAACGAGCGCCCCAGUACACGGGCUGACCGGCUCGCGCUGGGCUUCAGCACACAGCAGAAACACGCUACCCUGCUACGGGUCGACAGCGCCUCGGGACUGGGGGACUACCUACAGCUACAGAUAGAUAAAGGAAAUAUUAGGGUAGUGUUUAACGUGGGAACAGAUGACAUCAACAUUGAAGAGACUGCUAAAUCCGUUAAUGAUGGGAAGUACCACAUAGUUCGGUUUACCCGCAGCGGAGGCAACGCAACCCUGCAGCUGGACGACCUGCCAAUCAUAGAGCGUUACCCCUCAGGCAACAUUGAUAACGAGCGCCUGGCCAUCGCUAGACAGAGAAUCCCCUAUCGACUCGGUCGAGUAGUUGACGAUUGGCUAUUCGACAAAGGCCGCCAGCUGACCAUCUUCAACAGCCAGACAACGGUGACGGUAGGAAGAGGAAAGGAAGCAGGUCAGUUCCAGGGUCAGAUGGCCGGUCUCUACUACAACGGACUGAAGAUACUCAACAUGGCCGCCGAAGGACACGCCCACAUCCGCCUGGAGGGCAGCACGCGAUUAGUUGGGGACAUGCCCUCCUCCAUCACGCCCCAAUCCAGCGCUGCCGCCGGGGCAAACCGAUCAGACCCUGCCGCCAAUGCCGGCGACAUCACCACGACAACCGCCACAAACAGGAAGCAAGGAGGAGGAGCUACGCAGCAGUCGACAGACGACCUGCUGGUGGCAUCAGCUGAGUGUCCCAGUGAUGACGAGGACAUUGACCCAUGUGACCCCAGCUCUGCAGCCCACCCCCCUCUCCCGGAGGUCAAGCCGUUCCCAGGGACAUCAGAGGGAGUGAGGGAGUCCAGCAGCACCACCGGCAUGGUGGUGGGCAUCGUGGCGGCCGCCGCCCUCUGCAUCCUUAUCCUGCUCUACGCCAUGUACAAGUACCGCAACCGCGACGAGGGCUCGUACCACGUGGACGAGAGCCGCAACUACAUCAGUAACUCUGCCACCCAGCCUAACGGCAGCACCAAGGACAAGCCGCUGGGCAUCGCCAAGAUCUCCAAGAACAAGAAGAACAAAGACAAGGAGUACUACGUGUGAGGAUUGGACACCCUUAUGACAUUUACAUAUACACAUAUAUACACAUCUACACUUAUACAGACAUAUGCACACAUACAGGAGGACAUGCCCUGAGACGCCCACACACACACACACACACACACACACACACACACACACACAUAAAAGAAACACACAGAGACAAAGAGACUGCCAUGGGGGCAGAGACCCAUCCUGUACAGUAAUAAUAACCACUAACCACAUCCUCUCUGUGUGAGGCCUGUGUUCGACCAGAAUAACCGUAAUGACAAGCAGAGUAAUCACCAGGUAGACUCCUGGUACAGGACCAGUAAAGAGCAGUUUUUUUUCAAGGACUAGCCCCUGUCUCUCCCUGCUAUAAACUGUCCUGUAGACUCAGAGAGAGGAGGGGGCAGGGGGCAGACUGGGAAAGAACACCUAAAGAAAACACUAGUGUUCUGUCGUACGGAGUGAAAAUCAGUAUAUCCAGAUUAACACCCUGAUAAACUCCCAGUUUCAAUUUUGUGUAAGGCUGGUGUUGUCCAAUGGGGGAACACCAGAUUACCUGAACCCUGCCCCUAACCCUAGCCCACCAGUCAGCAGAAUGGAUGUUACCACGCCAAUAAGACCGGAAGAGUCACACCCACCAGGGUUGCCAUGGUGGCUCUGUUUGCCCGACUCGCUGGGGAGGGACGGAGUAGGGCGUGUACGAGGAAAAGGGAGCUGUGUGUGUUUGAAAUGUUGCCGGGACAUUUAUUUUCAAACGUUAUACAACGUUACAACGUUGUAUCAACCCAUCCAGACUAUGAAAACGAGAGACUUUGACUCUGGAGAGGAGACCAGAGACACCAGAACUACCUACCUACCUACCUACCUACCUACACAACACACAACACACACACUCACACCUCCUACAACACCACAAGAGCUUCAUUACCAGAGCUUCAUCCCUGACCGGUGGCAACGAUAUCUGCGAUAAUGAUGAUAUUAUUAUGAUAAUGCUGAAGUCGAUGAUGAAGAAAAAGAAGAAUGAGGAUGAACAUGUGGGCAGUUUAGACUCUUUGGGGAAAAUGUUGCACGUUGAAUUAUCUUACUCCAUGUGUUUCUAACAGAGCAGAGACUACAGGGGUUACUCCUAAACCCAGUACAGCCAUAACCUACCACCUGGCUCACCGAAGCCUACCACGUGAUCCACCACCUGGGCUUAUAAUAACCGACCACCUGGCUCACCGAAGCCUACCACAUGAUCCACCACUUGGGCUUAUAAUAACCGACCACCUGGCUCACCGAAGCCUACCACAUGAUCCACCACCUGGGCUUAUAAUAACCGACCACCUGGCUCACCGAAGCCUACCACAUGAUCCACCACCCGAGGGCCAAUUAUUACAGGGCUUAAUAGUGACAGACAGACAACACAACAGGAUAAGCUAACUUCAGAACUAACAUCAUAUAGCAAUCAUCAAUAAGAAGACAGGACAAAUGCUGUACACACAACAACGUUCCAUCCCUUCCAACACACAGCAGAGUGUGACCAGGCUCCAGGGUCUCUAAGAGCCAGGUUGGUGUGUUUGUUUUGGAUUGUGGUUUAGUGAGUAACCCUGGUGUAAAGGCUGGGUAUGUCCUCCUGCCACAGGUCCAGCCCCGUUUUAAAGCCUGUCCUAUAGACAACUAUACGUGCUCUGAUGAACGUUUUAUAUUACAAAAAAAAAAUGUCUGUAAAAUAUUCAAAAACAGAAUACUAAGUGUUAUCAUGUGUUUCUAUAAUGAUAGAGCUGUUCAUGAUGCCAUUGGCUAAUAGAAUUUGAGUUGCUUUACUUUCAUUGGCCCUCCCUCUCCGAGCAUCCUGUGUGUUCACAUUGGUUGAUUGUCCCUCUCGUUGUCCAUGUGAUCAAUUCCAGCCAGCCAGGAGUAGGGGGGGGUGGGGGCGGGCUCUGUGGAGAAGGUUAAAGGUGUGACUAUGAUGUCAUUCAGUGCAUGUAAGACUGUGUAGGUCUCAAAUGGCAGAUGUUUAAAGUAGUGCACUAUUAGUGCUAACCCUAAAACUACAUGGCUCUGAUCAAAAGUAGUGCACAGGAAAUAGGGUGCCAUUUGAGACACAAACCUACUGUAAGAACAGAGUAGAUAGAAAUUCACUGUCCAGAACAGGCAGUAGUCUCCAUUGUGACUAAUCUGGACAUUGUAUUUCUAGCUUUUGUCGGCAAGCACGCUCCCCCGGGUCAUCCAAGCAAUAUUGCCAACCAAUCACAUGCAUGGGAAUCAGACUGGGGGCGGGACAUAAAGCAUUAAAGACAUAGUAGUAAUAAAACCUAAAAAUUUGACAGAAAAAUGUAACUAAUUGAUUCCUUCUCUUUAUCUAUCCCUUUAUCCCUAUUUCUCUCUGUUCUUCUCUCCCUCUCGUCGACGCCUCUCUUCCUCUUUCUUUCUCCCUUUCUCCUCUCUCUGUUUCUAUCUGAAGUGAAGGAGGAGCAUUGAACUGUGGUGUUCUUCAUCUAAGUGUUCAUUUAGCCUUUUGAUUUUAUAUAUAUACAAUUUUUCUACAGUAUUUUACUUUUAUUUUUAUUGUUACAGUUCUUUGAAGAACAUAAAGUGGAACUUUAUUAUGAAAAAUAGUUUUGAAGAUCAAACGAGUCAAUAAAAUAUUACCCAAGUGAAGUUA